AUGAAGGUUGAAAUAAGGAAGUAUCAAGUGAUAGAGAAAUAUGAAUGUGAAAAUGGGGAUAUUGCUGCUUCUGCUUGUGGAAGAUUAAAUAAGGAAGAUAACAAUAAGAAAGAAGACAAAGUGGGUAUGAAAAACAAAAUCACGAAAUAGAUAACACAUCGAACAGUGUACAUGAAUUAAAUUAACAACGAUAUGACAAAUACAAGCUAACAGUCAUGUUACCAAUUUGAAAAAAAGAAGAAUGCAGAUUUGGAAACAACUGUAAAUUUAAACACGUAAAGCCGCCUUUAGCAACUUUAAUUUGGCAUUUUACAAAAUAAUAUAAUAAAUAAAUACAUACCAAAUAAGGCAUGGCACAAACGGGAAAAGUCCCAUGCAAGAUGCCAGUCAUCUUUAAAUGAGACUACACAAUUAUUAACAAAUAUAUAAAAAUUAUCACAUACAAUAUUUAUCUGUGCAGGAACACGACCUGCAAAGUGAGUAAGUACAAGCCAUAUCAGGCUCAAAGAUAUCUAGUAAGUCUUUAUAUGUUUUAUUAAGAAACGCCUUGAAACUUGAUAAUGUUGAAAAAGUUCCACUAGGUGCUAUCUUGAGAAUUUGGUUCCACUGUUUCACUAUCCUAUAAAGUAUGAAGCUUGAUAGGUACUAGUCACAAUGAGGUGUCCGUAAAUAAUGCGAGUGACGUCGCCUUCCUUGUUCUACCCCGGACAGCAGAUGUAAAUUUGGUCAAACCAAGAUCAACAAGUUUAUAUAUAUGUACAUUUAUGGUAAUAAAUCAAAUCUAAAAAAUCAAGUCGGUGUAAACGUUCUAACUAAGUGAGUUCUCCACGUUUACAUCUGAGAAUCCAUCGUGUAGCACGUCGUUUCACUCCCUCAAUCCUUUUCAUUACCGCAAUGUUGGUCGGUGACCAAACUUGUGUGCAGUAAGGAACCGUAAUUUUUUGUAAGCUUUGUUGCGAAUUACCUUUCUAUGACAUGAAGAUUGUUCACACAAAGAUUUGAGUUUGUAAUUGAUGGGAUCGAUCUAAUCAUGAUCCCGAAUUGUAUUUUUGCGGGGGGUCCGACUAAGUGUUUGAACCGUAUUUUUCGGUUAGCUUUUCCAUAUUCUCUUUUCUAUAGUAAGACUGCAUAAGCACAAUUACAGCCUUAAGGCUAAUGAGGUCCAUUAAAGGUCCGAAUUUGAGGCAUUUGUAAGGGCCUGGACCCCAAACGAACCCAAAUCGGGCAAGCUGACCAAUGAAAAUGUUUUGUCCUUGAUGGUACCCUUUCAUAGAGGUGGUCAGCACUUUUGAGGAAAAUGGGUCAUAAUGUUAUGUUAGUAGCUUCUGGACUAUAUUAGUUGAGACUGAAUAAGAGAUAAGUACAAGGUUCUUCUAACACGUGUUUCGAUCAUGGUAUAGCAGGUCCUACGCAAAAGACCCAACAUUUUGUAGCUUUAUGGCGCCAUCACGUGCGUAACGUGGGAGUCCCAUUUCAGAGUACAAUUGAUUGUUAUGCCCAAAUCUAAUUCCUCAUCACGACGUGCAAGUUCGUUACCGGCAAGGCUGUAUAAAGGAUAUUCGAUAGGAGAUUUCUUUCGCGUCACAUGCAGUGAGAAUGUUAAUUACACUUUGACGAGUUGAUUCAUUCUACUUUCGUUACUCUACUCGUCCAGACUGUGCAGAUCACCUUGUAGGGAGAUGGAGUCGUUCAAAGUCACUAUGGAUGGGUAAACUUUGCUGUCAUCAGCAUAGAGGGCAGCAUUCGUGUUUGGUGACAACGUGUCCACAACAUUAUUUGUAAAAAUACAAAAUAAUAUUGGCCCUAAGAUAAUUCCCUGAGGGACACCUGAUGUCACAGGUGACCAAUCUGUAGCAAUGUUUUCGACAACGACUCGCUGAUACCGAUUUGUUAGCUAACUUUUGAACCAGAGUAAUAAUGAGCCACUGACUCCGUGAGCCUGACGCUUCUGCAGGAGUAUUUUCUGGUCAACGGAGUCAUAGGCCUUGGAGUAAUCAAGAUAUAUCAUAUCUGUUUGCUUGUUAUUAUCCAAGUUUUUGCCGACAUCAUGCAAAACGGUCAAAAGUUGAGUUACACAUGACCGUUUCUUCACAAAAUUAUUUAUUAGCGGAAAAUUAAGGUCCUGAAAGACAAAUUCGUUCAACUCAGGAGCGGAGUUAUAAAAAAAUAAAAUUAAAAGCAGUGUUUCCGUUAUGAAAACUGUAUUGUUCCAUUUUUCAUUCGUAUUCAUUGGAAAUGAAUUAGAAAUGCAAUUAGCCAUUUCCCAAUCGAGCAGAGUACUGGGUCUAGUCGCUUGUUUGGGGGGACAAAAAAUAAACUAUUAUAAUAAGGCAUCUUUUAACAUGUAUUUAGCUCGCUCACUAUAACUUGUUGUCCCUCCAAACAUCAACUAGACCCAGUCCUCUGCUUGAUUGGGAAAUGGCUAAUUGCUUGUUGCGGAAACAUCGAAACAAUUUUGUUGUUUUUCUUUUAUUUUUCAGGCAGUGAUAAAGCCAUUUAAAAGUUGUAGUAGAUUAACUUUAAAUAUAACAGUAAUUAAACAAAAAUUGACAUUCAAAGAAAAGAUUUGUCAUGAUGUUGUGUUUUGUUAUACUACAUUUUGGGCGAUAUUUUUCCAUCUUUCUUGCAUUAUAAAAUUGACAACAAAAUUGCAAAUCCUUACGCACUCCUCGAGUGCCUAUUUUUGAGUUUGUUACGAACGAGAUAUCAUCUUGGAGAUUGUUCUCAUCACAUUUUGGUUGAAAUAUCGAGGCAAAAUAGGAAUUAAACAUUUCAGCUUUAUCCUUAGCAGUGAACGAACAUAUUAUAGAUAGGGGUAUUGGGUUACUUGUGGGUAACAAGCCUGUUCGCGGGCGACCUGAGUAUCGGGAAAAACAACGAACAUGUGAGACUUUGUGAGCGAGAGUUUUGUGUAAAAAGUGGGAGUUUUUUAUAGUUUAUUAAACUUUACUAAAACAUAAUACGAGAGUUUUAGUGUGCCGACACAAGUUCGGCACAUUUUGGUGCCGUGACCAGGAUUGAACAACGAAAUAUUUGCGGAUAAAGACGAGAAAUUGAGGGUAUUACGAAAUCCAAGAUGGCGGACGAACUUGAACAACAAGAAAUUGAGGAGAAUGAUACGGUAGAAAUCACUCAGGAGGAGAAAGACCAGGAGAAAAAGAUUAGAAAAGAGAUUGAAAAGCUGCAGUUUUAUCUCGAGGACGUCGACGAAUUAUUGGAAAGUGAGGAUUUUAAUGAAAUCAAACAAGUACGCAAGCGAACACAGCAGAUUCAAGAUAAUAUGAACGACUUGGUGUCGCAUUUACAAGAAUUAAAAAUUGAGCUGGGAAAUUCAUCACAAAGAUCUAUUAGACAGUGGACAAGAGAUUUGAAGGCAGAGUAUGCACCACUAUGUGAGAAACGUGCGAGGUUGUGUAGGGUACUAGACGAUAGACAGAGACAUGAAAACUUGAGAGCUGAGGAAGAAGUGGCGAUCAGAAAGAUGGAGAAAGAAGAGCAACUACGUAGGCAGAUCCAACAACGAGAGAAAGAAAUGUGGGAAGAAAGAAUGAGAGCGGAGUUAGUGCUGGCAGAGAAGAAAAUUCAGAUGGAGAAAGAAGCUAAAGCAAGUAUAUCGAAACUACCAGAGUUGAAAAUAUCACCCUUUAAUGGCACUUCUGCUGACUGGAUAAGGUUUGAGAAUAUGUUUUCCUCACAAGUUGGCAGCAAGUCCAUUUCGGACGCUGAGAAAUUUGGGUACCUGUUAGAGCUCGUGAAUCCGAAGGUGAGAGGUAGACUUUCGAACUUUAAGCCGGGGUCAGAAGGUUACAAAACAGCAUGGGAAAGGUUGAAAAUGGAAUAUGGUCAUAAUAAAUUAGUAAUUGCAGCUCAUAUGGAGGAGAUUAUUAAGUUACAGACGGUGAGAGGAAGAAAUUACGAUAAGGUAUGUGAAUUUUAUGAAAGUAUUUGCAAAAACUAUGACGCACUGCAAACGUUGAGUGAAGAAGCUAUGUUAAAGGGAUUGGUGGUAUCUACUUUAAAUAAACUCCCCCAGGUUAAGCCUGAUUUAGUACGUAUGGAUAAUUGGGAAGAUUGGAACAUGAAACAAUUGUUAUCAGCAUUACAGGGGUGGUUGAAGCGUAACAAAACAGAAGAGGUAUCAACUAAGGAGCAUGAAAACCCAAGAAAGAGGGAGCGAAACUGGUAUACCCAAAAGGGGGGAGAGUUUACCAAUGGUAAAGGCAAGGGCCCGGUCUGUAUUUAUUGCGAAGGACAGCACUGGGGAGACCAAUGCACAUCGUAUGACUCUGUGACUAAGCGUAGACAGUUCUUUGUUGAAAAACGACUGUGCUUUAAUUGUGGUCGACCAGGCCACCGCGAAAGUAAAUGUCGCAGUAGGGGGUGCUACAAGUGCAAGGGCAAACAUCACACUAGCCUUUGUGAUAAACUGCAGGAAAACAAUAAUCGAGAAAACCACAACGCAAUGUUAAAUGGAUAUUCCCCAUCCUCUGAAGAGAAGUCUUUACCAGCUAUUGUGCCACUUAAAAUUAAGGGUAAGACAUUUUGGGCGUAUCUCGACACGGGCUCUGGGAGAAAUUUCAUCUCGAAGGAAGCAGUGCGACAUUAGAGACCUUUAGAUUGACGUUUACUGCAAACGUCAAACCGCUAGCGAGGUUUUUGAUUUUACAACUCUAUUAUAAUAGCUUUUACACCAGUUUUGAAAUAUGUUAAACUUGUUAAACUUGUGCUCUAUAGCAAUGAUUUAAGAAAGCAAAUUAACCACUAGUCAUGCAAUUCACCAAAGCAGUAAAUUGAGAUUUGGCGUUUGAAGUUGGCGUUUGGCGUAUAAAUUUCAUGUUUGAACUGCUACGAGGGGUUGUAGUCGUUAAAGCAUGAAAUUUAUACGCCAAACGCCAACUUCAAACGCCAAAUCUUAAUUUACUGCUUUGGUGAAUGGCAUGACUAGUGGUUAAUUUGCUUUCUUAAAUCAUUGCUAAAGAGCACAAGUUUAAUAAGUUUAACAUAUUUCAAAACUGGUGUAAAAGCUAUAAUAAUAGAGUUGUAAAAUCAAAAACUUCGCUAGCGGUUUGACGUUUGCCGUAAACGUCAAUCUUAAGGUCUCUAAUUAAGACUAUCACCCCAUGCAACCUAUUGCAAAAUACGGACUGAUCAAGUCUACAAGGGAAAAUCAGAGGAUCCGAUUGUAGAAGGAACGACCUUCGGCUGGGUAGUUCAUGGCGGCCAAGAUUACGCAGACUCAAGGUGCAUGUAUGUUUGUGACCAUAGUGAUUAUGAACAGCUCUAUUCCCUAGAUGUCUUGGGAGUAGAGGAUCGAGGGGAGAAAGAUCAGUCAACAAUUUAUGCAGAAUUCCAAGAAAGCAUCACUAGGAAAGAGGAUGGAAGAUACGAAGUUGCUGUUCCAUGGAUACCUGGAGCUGUAUUGUCAAACACUAAUGAAGAACCCAGUAGGAAGAGACUCCACAAUGUAAACAGGAAGUUGAAACAGAAUCAACAGCUCAAAGAUGAAUACGAGAAAAUUGUGCAUGAACAGUUGAAAGACGGAGUCAUUGAAAAGACCAAAGAGAGCUCGAAUGGGGAACGUGUGUUCUACAUGCCACACAAACCGGUGAUUAAAGAAAAUGCCUCUACAACCAAGGUGAGAAUGGUGUUCGAUGCCAGUGCCAGACCCCAUCCGACGGCCAAUAGCGUCAAUGAAUGCAUACACACUGGCCCCCCACUUCAACCAUUGUUAUGGGACAUAUUAAUCAGAGCCAGAAUGUCAACCCAUCUACUACUCGCAGACUUGCAGAAGGCGUUUCUGCAGGUUGGUUUGAAGGAAGAUGAUCGAGAUGCGUUUCGGUUUCUGUUUGACAUUAACGGUCAAGUAGAACAUUUAAGAUUUACCCGUGUGCCUUUCGGCGUGGAAGCCAACCCAUUUAUGCUCGGUGCCACCCUGCAACACCACUUCAAUCUGCAGCCAGAAGAGUACCAAAACACCAUUGAGUCGUUAAAAGAGAACACUUAUGUUGAUAAUCUAAUGAAGACCGGAAGUGAUAUUGCAGAUCUUGAAGAUUUCAAACGCGAAGCGACAGAAAUCCUAGAAGACGCGAAGUUCCCAGUCCACAAGUGGGAGUCGAAUGUCGAAGAACUUGACAACGAAUCAAAUCCCAGCAAAAUACUCGGAUAUAAAUGGAAUACGGAAGAAGUAGGCAUCAGUUGGAAGUACUGUCCAUCCGAGGAAAAUUUAGCUGAUUUAGGGAGUCGGCCGGAGAGCUUCGAUCGACAAAAUGGAAAAGGACGGUUGGUUUAAUGGUCCCGAGUGGCUAGUUAACCCAGACAAAUGGCCAAAACAACCAAAGCUCGAGAGAACAAAGGCUGUCCUGGACGAGCAGAAGCCGAUGACGGAAGUAGCUUUCAAUACGGAAGAAAAGGGUCCGGCCAAAUGGGACUUGCUACUUUCUAGAUCAAGCUACUGGAAGACUAUUCGUGUUACUGCGUGGGCGUUAAGAUUUGUAAGCAAUGCAAGAGCCAGAAAACAGAAAACUAACCUAGCGAAAGGUCCGCUGACGACGAACGAGCUAGAACAGUCAAAAGUGCGAUGGGUGAAGAAGGUCCAAGAAGAUAUGAGUUCAGAGCUACGAGCACCUGGAUGGGAAGUCAUACGAGAAGGUGAUUCUGGUUUACUGAAAUGUAAAGGUCGAAUUCCCGGGUAUCAGCCGAUAUGCUUGGAAGGAGGAGGCUUUACGGACAAAUUGAUUAUGUAUACACACAAUGAGAUACGUCAUUUUGGUAUCGCGAACACGAUGGCCGCACUAAGAGAGAACUGGUGGAUUCCGAGACUGCGCUCGAAAGUUAAAAGGAUCAUUAACGAAUGCAACGUAUGUAAAGCGUACCGAGUCAAACCAUAUGGUCGUACAGCAACUGCCGAACUACCUACGUUUCGAAUCGAAAGCGGACGACCAUUUGAAACAACUGGUGUUGAUUUCGCGGGUCCCCUCACAUAUAAGCUUACCAUUGACGAAUCAGACACGGAUGAUGGAGAAGAAGUCGUGAAGUUACACAAACGAAUGAAGCAGAAACGAGAAGACGCGUGGCAAAGAUGGAAGACGGAGUACGUACAUAGUUUGAUGGAACAUCAUCGAGUGAUUAAAGGGGAAAAUGCGUCUCCAGAAGUGGGAGAAAUGAUGUUGGUGGUCGGUGAGGAAAAGAAUUGA